UGUUUGUGCGGGUUAGUAGUGUAAGCGGAGGGAUAUAUUAGUGAUAGCUAGCAGCCAACAUAACGAGUCACACUGUAGCUCGACUGUGCGUAGAAAGCUUCCGCCGCAGCAGUUAGAUCCUCAUCCGUUACAGGUCUUACGAAGAUACAUUUCCUUAGGGCUAAUUAUUUUCAUUUUAAAACAUAAUUAUUCAAAAAUCCACGCACAUAUGUUUUAUCCAGAGCAUGAAACGUGCCCGUUAACACUCGGUAGAGAAACGUACAAAGCGGUGCAGCGACACGGCCGAAGGUGCGGCGAGUACGGGACCCGCAGCCGAAUCCGUCCCGCUCCAGCUGACGUAUUUAUCGGGACACAGAUCGUUAAAGAUCAAAUUUAGUCGCAAAAAUGCCGGGGAUGAUGGACAAAGGCUCCGAGUAUUUGGGGAAAGGUCGGUCAAACGGGACUAAAAGUCCGUCCAACGCGUCUAACGGACAUUUUUCUGACGAAAGCGGCAGCGACGACGAACAUGACAUUGGAAUGCGGGUUGGAGCGGAUUAUCAGGCAAACAUUCCCGAAUUUGAGCCCGGUUCCAUAAAGUACACAGAAAAAGACAGUGGUGGGAUGCUGGUAUGGUCUCCAUAUCACUCCAUUGUCGACUCCAAAUUGGAUGAAUAUAUUGCUAUUGCAAAGGAGAAGCACGGCUACAAUGUGGAGCAGGCUCUUGGUAUGCUGUUCUGGCACAAACACAACAUAGAGAAGUCCCUGGCUGAUUUGCCCAAUUUCACGCCUUUCCCAGAUGAGUGGACCAUUGAGGACAAGGUUCUGUUCGAACAGGCUUUCAGCUUCCAUGGGAAGAGCUUCCAUCGCAUCCAGCAGAUGGUAAACCCCCAUCGAAGCUCUUUACCAGACAAAUCCAUCUCCAGUCUUGUCAAGUACUAUUAUUCGUGGAAGAAAACGCGCUCCAGAACGAGUCUGAUGGACCGGCAGGCCCGCAAACUGGCUAACAGGAGCAACCAGGACGACAGCGAGGAGGAAAUGGAGGAGACCAAUCAUAUUGAGGCGAAUGACAGCGACUAUGAUCCGAAUAAAGACGCCAAGAAAGAGAACCAGGCCGAGUUGGUGGUGCCGGGCACUAAGCCGGCGUUAGGGCGACGUGAGCACCAAACCCUGCAGCACCGACACCACCAGCGCUCCCGCUGCCGCCCCCCCAAAGGCAUGUACCUCACCCAAGAGGACGUUGUGGCUGUAUCCUGUAGUGCCUCUGCUGCUAACACACUCCUUCGUCAACUGGACAUGGAGCUGGUGUCCCUUAAGAGACAGGUCCAGAAUGCUAAGCAGAUGAACAGUGGACUGAAACAGCUGUUGGAUUCUGGGAUUGAAGAGUACAGACUGACUGAGUCCAACCAGAAGGUGAACGCCCGCUGGACCACAGACGAGCAGCUGCUGGCAGUUCAAGGAGUCAGGAAGUACGGCAAAAACUUUCAGGCCAUCGCUGAUGUCAUUGGGAACAAAACCGUGGGUCAGGUGAAAAACUUCUUUGUGAACUAUCGCCGGCGGUUCAACCUGGAGGAGGUGCUGCAGGAGUGGGAGGCGGAGCAAGGAACGCAGGCUCCAAAUGGAGACAGCGCCAACUCAGGCGAAGAGGGGAAGAACAGUUCGACCACUCCUUCAGGGAAGAGCACCGAUGAGGAAGACGAGGAGGGUCAGGUCACCUCUUCCGGUGCAUCGCCUGCUGCCUCCUCUUCUUCAGCUCAAAAUCCCGUGACCUCCAAUGCUUCCUCCUCCCUCCACCAGCCGCCUCCGCUCCUGAGGCCCUCUCUGCCAGCCACGCCGUCGCUACACCGCCAGCCUCCACCGCUCCAGCAACAGGCUCGCUUCCUGCAGCCUCGAACCACUCUGCAGCAACCCCCGCCCCUCAUCCGACCCUCCAACCCCAUGCCGCCACGCCUCAACCCGCGCCCCACUCCCGUAAACCUGGGCAGCAACGCCGCUGGCCCGGGCCAGAGCUCCGCCCAGCAGCCCGCUGGCAUGGCCAUCCACCUGUCAGACACGCCGUCGUCGUCGUCCGUCCACUAAGUACCUGCACAUCUCUCUAAGAAGCAGUGGAAAGUAGUUUAUUUCCCUUCAACACAUUGGUAAAAGUACUGAAAGUCUCACAUCAGCGUUCUAGAAUAUCCCAAAAAUGUUCAUAUGGUGUUUUUCAUGUAAGAGGAUUAGAACCACUGAAAAAAAGAAAAAAAAAACAUCAGACUUUAAUGAAUGGCUGAGUGAAUUAAUUUGUCUCUCUACUCAUGUAGAAUAAAAUUACAGCCAAAAAGAGCCAAAAACGGUGAAAACAGGGUGAAUAUGGUGAUAUUUACAAUUAUAUAAAUAUGUAAACCACAGGAUAUUAAGGCCAUUAUGGAUAGAGAAACAAAAUUAUUACAUUUCUGCAAAAAAACUGAAUAGAAAAAACAAGAAAAUUUCUGAUCUUGACAGGUUGAAAAUUGAUAGACAAACUAGGAAAUUUGAAGAUCAAUCUUAGAAAUUUUCUAGAGUAUACGAGGACAUUUCUGAGUUUGGAAAGUUCAAAAUUUGCUAGGAAAAUUUUUUUUUGAUUAAUAUAGGAGAUUUUUGAGGAAAAAAUUUGUUCCAAUAGUCUAAGACUUUUGAGUUUGAAAAGUAAAAAAAUGUCACGUAUUUUCUUGAAAUUUCU